AUGGAUUAUGAUCGAAAUUCAAAUAUUACAAAAGAAUCAUGUGAUUUGGCUGAAGAAGUACGCCGAAGUAAUAAUGCAAAAGCAAAAAUGAUGGGUUAUGAUAAAUAUGAUAUGUUUAUCAUUAAUCCAAUUUUUGGUACCGGUUUACAUUAUGCUAAUGCUAAUGAGCAACAAUAUUAUGCAAAAGAUUUACUUCGAGAAAAUGCAUCAUCGUCAUCAAGUUCAAGUGGUGAAUGUUGGUCAGAAAAAUAUCCACUACAUAAAGCUGCACAUGAUGAUAAUGUUGAUGAUAUAAGACGAUUAUUAGCACAAGGUAUGAUAGCAAAUGAAAAAGAUAACGCAUCUUGGACACCAUUACAUUAUGGUGUUUUUUAUAAUAACUUACGAGCAACAGAGGUAUUAUUAUUACAUCAAGGAACGGAUGUAAAUGCUUCAAAUAAAGUUGGUUCAACAGCAUUACAUUUUGCAGCAUUACAAGGAAAUGUUUAUAUGGUUGAAUUGUUACUUUCACAUUCAAAAAUUAACGUGGAUGCAAAAGAUAGUAGUGGACGAUGUCCAAUAGAUAUAUGCGCUUGUGUACCUAAAAUAGAAUAUCAAAAGGUGGCAAAAUUAUUACUGAACUGGAAACGACUUAAUAAAGUACAGGUUGAAUUAAUGGAUGGUGGUAAUGCGCAAUUACUCCUAACACAUGGUCAUGAUACAACAGCUGAAGAAUUGCAUGCGGAAAUGUGCAAAGAAUUAAAAUUUAAUAAUGAUAGUGGAAAAUUAUUUGCAAUAUGGAUUUGUUCCGAUCGUUUAAGUUUGCAAUUAAAAGCUGAUCAUAAGCCGAUGUUGCAUAUGAAUAAAUGGAAAAGUAAAAUAGCAAAAUUUGGAAAUGAAGAAUUGCAAUCAACUGAUGAUGAUGCACCAAAAUUUUCUUCCGUCGUGAUGCACGUUUAA